AUGGCACCUCCGACAGAUCGCAAGCAAAUUCUUGAAAACUUCCGCAAGCAGAUUGAUGCUGGGAAGCCCAUUGUCGGAGCAGGCGCUGGUAUUGGCCUGUCCGCCAAAUCGAUUGAAGCAGGCGGCGGCGACAUGAUCAUCAUUUACAACAGUGGACGCUUCCGAAUGGCUGGUAGAGGCUCCUUGGCUGGACUGAUGCCUUUCAGCAAUGCCAAUGAUGUUGUCGUUGACAUGGCGAAAGAAGUGCUCCCUAUCGUCGAGCACACUCCAGUCAUAGCCGGCGUCUGCGGCACCGACCCGUUCAAGGACAUGCCUCGCUUUUUGAAGCAACUCAGUGACCUUGGAUUUGCCGGUGUCCAGAACUUCCCUACUGUCGGUCUGAUUGAUGGCCAGUUCCGUGCAAACCUCGAGGAGACUGGCAUGGGCUUCGACAAGGAAGUCGAGAUGAUACGACUGGCUGCAGAGAUGGGGAUGCUGACAACACCGUAUGUGUUCAAUGUCGAAGAAGCGAAAGCAAUGGCAGGCGCUGGAGCGGACGUGAUCGUUGCACACAUGGGUCUCACGACCAGCGGUACGAUUGGCGCGCAAACAGGCAAAUCUGCGAAAGAUUGUGUCAGGGACAUACGAGCAAUCAGAGAUGCCGCGGCUGGAGUCAAGGAGGAUAUUAUUGUUCUCUGCCAUGGUGGGCCAAUCGCAGAGCCCGAAGAUGCGGAGUUCGUGCUCGGAAGAGUCAAGGGCUUGCACGGCUUCUUUGGUGCCAGUUCGAUGGAGCGCCUACCGGUAGAGAAAGCUAUCAAAGGCAUCACCGAACAGUUCAAGGGCAUUGCCGUAGCGAAAGUAUAA